AUGUUUGAGUGUUUGAAUCAGGGAGAUGCCAGGCGGCUUCAAGUCUGCGAGAGGCAAAAUCUGCUCCUGGUUGAAUUUAACACAGUCUCUUGUUCUAGUUGGAAUAUCCUGGAGCCAGGGGCGUGGACUAGGCAAGGCUACUGGGUCCCCUCGAUGUACCACAGUAUGGCUGGCCAAUACACCCUCUUGGAGAAGCAACUCAUGGCUGACUUUUCACCUUGCCGCCAUUGUCCCAGUUUCCAUGUGCUUCAGGAUUCAACCAACUGGCAUGAUGCCCAAUUUCCAGUUGGCUGGGGCCCUCUGAAGCAGGAAGGCCACUGGUUUUCAAGGAAGGGAUGGGGGAAGAGGGCAGCUUCCUCCCCAAAGGCCCUAUGGCACCAUAGCCCUUCCUAUGAUGGGUACAAUCCCGUUUGCCAAAGGGACAUGAGCUGGGGAGCCAACCAGUCAACCAAGGGUGAUCCUAAAGCCCCAGGACCUGCAGGUUCUUUGGUCAGCUGCAGAUGGAAUCAAGGAGCCUCUGCCAAGAAGAGGAGAGAGCUUCCUGCCAGGGCACCCCCAAGCUAUGAAGCUCACAUGCUUCUGCGCCUGCGGGCACAACAGGGUCCACGCAAAGAAAACUGGCCUCAUCCUCCACCCUACCUUGCUCCUCCCUCUUAUGAGGCUUCCCACCAUAGAGUGCAGCCCCAGCAACGGGUAGGCAAGUCAGAUUCAGCAGGGAAGCUCAUCCAAAGUGGAGCUGCUAAGAAACACCGAGAGAGAGAAGCGGGCUGUGAGUCAGAGCCCUUGACUCACACACCUGGGAGGAAGGCAGGCAGGUGGCAGACUAAAAUGCCAGGCAGUUGGAGUUACCUUUCAAGAGCCAGAACGUGGGGUGGCCCAAGGAUGCAGUUGGAGAAGGCCAGCUCCCCAUCCCAUUUGGGCUCUGACUGGGGCAUGAGUCCCCAACACCGAAGUCAUACCCUUCCUCUGGUGAAUAAGAGGAGCCAGGCCAUGACACUGCCCUGCCAUUCUUCCCAACACACCCUUCCUGCUGGAUGGGGCUUUAGCCAUGCAGCUGGUUGGUGUGGAUCCAAGAGGGAUGGGAGCAGAGCAAAAGAGAAACGCUGCCAAGACUUCUACCCCAGGUGGAAGGAACCAAGCCCUUCCAGGAAACUUGCAGGGAGUCAGCCAGCUUUGUCCAAGUCCAUGCCCCGAAGGCACAGGGGUCUAUUUGUAAUUGACGCCACUUGUGUGGUGAUCCAGGCUCACUACAUUCCAUCACCCCGAAUGGAGCAAGUCUGCUACCUGGCCCAGGGAGAGGCAGGUACCACAAACCCCCCCACAUCUCCUGGCUCUCCAGGCCCUACCUCAAUGGAGGAACGGGCUGCUCACAUACUAGGCCUCCCCUUGCAUGAGUUGGGGGUCACAGAGGCAGAGCAGGGAAUUAUGGCACCCAGGAUCUCCGGAGUAGAGAAUGGUGCUAUGCCUGGGGACAGUUCUGGGAGAAAGAAGGUGAAGCGGGUAACUUCUGCUCCAGGCAGUCCUAGGAAGCUUUCUGGACCUCCAACCCCAAACCAUUCCCAGGUUGGGCCUGCAAAGCAGGAGCCAACCUACCUGGAAGAGAAAAGGUCUCCGGCAUCCCCUUGCCCAAGAAGCCAUGGCCUGCCAAAAAGGAAAGAAGAGCCAGGGAUUUCUGCCCAAAGGCAGUCCUAUAUUUGCGACCUGAAGGAAGCCAUGUCAAGGAUCCGCCGGCACACAGCCCCAGACUCAGACACAGAUGAGGAGCUGGAGAAGGAGUGGCAGCCCACCUGUGAGCGACCGUCGUGGGGAGGAAGUUUGAACCAAGAGGUGCUCAUGUGCAGAAGCACCAGCAGCAGCAGUCUAGAUAGCAGCAGCUCCAAUGCCACAGUAGUGCCAGGAAAUGCCACUCCUGGCUGGAGACCCAGGCCACAGACUCAAAGGGCAACUACAAGCAGGGAGGGGGUCAGGCCCAGCCAAGGAAUGAAGACUGGCUGCUUUGGGUUGUACAAGGCCUUUGUUCAUGAAGCAGCUGCAGAAAAUGCUCUCCUGCAACUUCUGCAACCCCCAAAACUGGCAUGA